AUGUACACUCCCCACAUUCAUUUGGCGUACGAGAACAAACCCUGCGAGAACCAGCGGGCGUUCUACGCUCCACCAUUAUCGGCAUUCUCUCCCGAUGCUCCUGGCGGCUCCGAACGUGAGCUAGAAUACACCAUUGAGGUCAGCACCAACCGGCGAUCACGAUACAGCCUCAUCACUCCGUUGGUACACCGCAAAAUGGACGAGUUGAAGCUGAUCGGGUCCACAGGGUACACAACGAUACGUCCCGUGGGUAUUGGCAGAACCCUUGGUGAAAUUGAAGCUGAUAGAACUAAAGAGAUGAGCUCGUUGAACCUGGCACCGUCCUCUGCCGAAGCUACUGCCGAGAAUACCCACGAAGGAAUUACUAUUGCCACAUCUUUCCCUGAAGCCGAUCUUGAUGCUGAUGUAGUGGAUAUGGAUGACGGUGCCAUUGCUGAAGAUCUGGCAUUUCUCAGUGAUGAAGAAAAUGACGAUGACGGGUUCAUGGCUGACGAAGUCGAAUACCAACCGGAUCACAGCCUCGAGCUUGUACUGCUAGCACCGCCAACCACACUGCAAACACUGCUGAGAGUGUCUAGCCGGCGGCCGGUAGCUGAAGAUCCUGAAGUGCUGAUGGAUAUGGAUAUUUAA